AUGAAGGUCUCAACGCCCCUACUCUUCCUCCCUAGCGUCCUCGCAGCCCCGUCCGGAGACAUCGAGGCCCGCCAGUCCUGCGCCAAGGUCCACGUCUUCGGCGCGCGCGAGUCGACCGUCCCGCAGGGCUACGGCUCGUCGCAGGCCAUGAUCCAGUUGAUCCAGGGGGCGUACCCGGGCACGACUUCCGAAGCCAUCGUGUACCCCGCGGCAGGCGGCGACGCCUACGGCUCCUCAGUAACGGCCGGCAUCAGCGCGGUCGUGAACCAGGUCUCCGCAUACGCGAAGCAGUGCCCGGACAGCGCGCUCGUGAUGGUGGGGUACUCGCAGGGCGGCCAGAUCACGGACGACGCCUUCUGCGGGGGGCCGGACGGCAGCAGCAUGAGCAGCAGCGCCUCGCCGCUUCCCGCGGACGUGGGCGAGCACGUGAAAGCCAUCAUCCUCAUGGGCGACCCGCGCAACGUGCCCGGCCUGGCUUACAACGUGGGGACGGCGAAGGCUGGCGGCUUCGCCGCGCGCCCCUCGGGAUACACGUGCCCCGUCUACGCGGAUCGCAUCAAGUCGUACUGCGACGCCGAAGACCCGUACUGCUCCAACGGCAACGACGCGCAGCACCACCAGCAGUAUGUCCAGAUAUACGGGCAGCAGGCAUUGGCUUUCGUCAAGGAGAAGGUAGGAUCCGUAUAA